AUGGGUAUAUUUGAUAAGAUAAGAGAUAUUGAAAGGUUAAACGAAGCAGAACUGAAUAACAUUGGAAACGGAGACAGUUCGUGGCACGAUCAAUACAAAGACUCAAGUUACAUUUACAUAGGUAAUUUAGAUAACAGACUAACCGAGGGGGAUAUCGUAAUUGUAUUUUCCCAAUAUGGGGAACCUAUUGAUGUUAACCUAGUUCGGGAAAAAGAAACAGGUAAAUCAAAGGGAUAUUGUUUCCUUGCCUAUAAAGACCAGAGAAGCACGGUACUAGCUGUUGAUAACCUGAACGGUUACAAACUUUUAGAUAAACCUUUAGUUGUUGAUCAUGUGUCAAAUUAUAGACUUCCCCAUAAUUAUACGGAAGACGGCAAUAAAGAGGAGUACAAACCGACUGGGGCCGAAGGAAAAGGUAUAGGUGUGUGUAACGUGGUUCAAAGUGAAAUAAAUCUAUCGAAAGCUUUUGAAAAAAUUAAGAAUAAGUUUCAUGAAGAAAAGAGAAAGAAACUACUAGAUGCAGAUGAACUGUGGGUUUUAAAUUUUGAAAAGUCAAUAAAAGAAAAUUCGAUGAGCAAUAAAGAAAUAAACGAUUACGAUGAACUUGAUACUGCUGAUAGGGGUAGAGUCAACACUCAUGAAGGAAAAAACGAUAAAUCGUGCAAAAAGCACAGUCAUGAUAGGAAGCCUAUUGAUGAUAAGAAGCACAUUUAUGAUAAGAAACACAGGCAUGAUGAGAAGCAUAGUACAGAUAGGAAGCACAUUUAUGAUAAGAAACACCGGCAUGAUGGGAAGCAUAUUGAUGAUAGGAAGCAUAACUAUGAUAAGAUACACAGGCAUGAUGAGAAGCAUAGUACAGAUAGGAAGCAUAGUUAUGAUAAGAAACACCGGCAUUAUGGGAAGCACAUUGAUGAUAGGAAGCAUAGCUAUGAUAAGAUACACAGGCAUGAUGAGAAGCAUAGUGCAGAUAGGAAGCAUAGCUAUGAUAAGAUACACAGCAAUGAUGAGAAGCAUAGUACAGAUAGGAAGCAUAGUUAUGAUAAGAUACACAGUGAUAAUAAGAAACGCAGACGUGAGAAGAAGCAAGGUAGAAAAAGAUGA